CGGAGCCCGCAGCGGAGAGGGAAAGUCUGGACCACAGAGUGCGGGGCUCAGGGCUCGGGAAGCGGAUCCGGGCCCCGAGGGCGCGGGCCGGGCGGCAGGUGCGCGGCGCGGACUACAAGUCCCAGCAUGCUCAGCUCCCCUGACCCGGCCCCCGCGGCCACUUAAAAGCUUCGGGAGCCGCAGCCGUCGGGUCGCCGCGGCUUUCGCUUUGCAGCCGCGGCUCGGUCGGCGUGAGCAGCGUGUUCUGCGGCCGGUCGUCCCAGCGUCCGGGAUCCGGCUGCGCCGAGCGGCGCUCCUGGUCCAGCUCUCCCCGCUGGCGGAUUCCCUCCCGAGGCGCCCGCGCCCCCCGGGCUCUCCGCCUCGGCCACCCCGCGGCCCCGAUGCCGAGGCAUGGAUAGAGCAGCGCUGCGCGCGGCGGCGAUGGGGGAGAAGAAGGAGGGCCGCGGCGGGGGGGACGCGGCGGCAGCGGACGGGGGCCCCGGAGCCGCAGCCAGCCGGGCGCUGCAGCAGUGCGGGCAGCUCCAGAAGCUCAUCGACAUCUCCAUCGGCAGCCUGCGCGGGCUGCGUACCAAGUGCGCGGUGUCCAACGACCUCACCCAGCAGGAGAUCCGGACUCUGGAGGCGAAGCUGGUCCGCUACAUUUGCAAGCAACAGCAGUGUAAGCUCAGCGUGGCUCCCAGUGAGAGGACCUCGGAGCUCAACAGCUACCCUCGCUUCAGUGACUGGCUGUGCACCUUCAAUGUGAGGCCAGAGGUAGUGCAGGAGAUCCUCAGCGAGCUCACGCUGGAUGCCCUGCUGGACAUGAACGAGGUCAAGGUGAAGGAGACGCUUCGGCGCUAUGGGGCCAGUGCCGAGGAGUGUGGCCGUCUGCAGUACGCCCUUGCCUGCCUGCGGAAAGUGACAGGUCUGGGAGGGGAACACAAAGAGGACUCAGGCUGGAGUUCAUUGGAUGCCCGGCGGGAAAGCGGCUCAGGGCCUUCUGCGGACACCGUCUUGCCAGCCGGCCUGCCCUGGCUGCCAGGGGGCGCCCCGCCGGGCAGAAUGGGCGGCAGCGCCCAGGGCCCACGCUCCGUGUCUGUGUCCGCUUUGCCCACCUCGGACUCCCCAGUCCCGGGCGCCUGCGAGGGCCUCUCGGACACCAGUGUCCUCCUGCACACCAGUGGCCGGUUGACCCCCCGGGCCCUGCACAGCUUCAUCACGCCCCCGACCACACCCCAGCUGCGAAGGCACACCAAACUGAAGCCGCCGCGGACGCCGCCGCCGCCCAGCCGCAAGGUCUUUCAGCUGCUGCCCAGCUUCCCCACGCUCACCCGGAGCAAGUCCCAUGAGUCUCAGCUGGGGAACCGCAUCGACGAGGUCUCCCCGAUGAGGUUUGAUCUCCCCCACGGAUCCCCACAGAUGGUACGAAGGGAUAUCGGGCUGUCGGUGACUCACAGGUUCUCCACCAAAUCUUGGCUGUCCCAGGUCUGCCACGUGUGCCAGAAGAGCAUGAUGUUUGGAGUGAAAUGCAAGCACUGCAGAUUGAAGUGUCAUAACAAGUGUACAAAGGAAGCCCCUGCCUGUAGAAUAUCCUUCCUCCCACAACCUAGGCUUCGGAGGACGGAAUCUGUCCCCUCGGACAUCAACAACCCGGUGGACAGAGCAGCUGAGCCCCACUUCGGAACCCUCCCCAAAGCACUGACAAAGAAGGAGCACCCCCCAGCCAUGAACCACCUGGACUCCAGCAGCAACCCGUCCUCCACCACGUCCUCCACGCCCUCCUCGCCGGCGCCAUUCCCAACAUCAUCCAAUCCAUCCAGUGCCACCACGCCCCCCAACCCCUCUCCGGGCCAACGGGACAGCAGGUUCAACUUCCCAGCUGCCUACUUCAUUCAUCAUAGACAGCAGUUUAUCUUUCCAGACAUUUCGGCGUUUCCACAGGCAGUCCCAUCCCCUGAUGCGGCGGACAGCACCCGGCUUGACAACCAGCCCAAAGCAGACGUGUUGGAGGAUCACGAAGCGGAGGCUGAGGAGCCAGAGGCCGGCAAGUCAGAGGCAGAGGAUGACGAGGAUGAGGUGGACGACUUGCCCAGCUCCCGCCGGCCCUGGCGGGGCCCGAUCUCUCGCAAGGCCAGCCAGACCAGCGUGUACCUGCAGGAGUGGGACAUCCCCUUUGAGCAGGUGGAGCUGGGCGAGCCCAUCGGGCAGGGCCGCUGGGGCCGGGUACACCGCGGCCGCUGGCACGGCGAGGUGGCCAUCCGCCUGCUGGAGAUGGACGGCCACAACCAGGACCACCUGAAGCUGUUCAAGAAGGAGGUGAUGAACUACCGGCAGACGCGGCACGAGAACGUUGUGCUCUUCAUGGGAGCCUGCAUGAACCCGCCCCACCUGGCCAUCAUCACCAGCUUCUGCAAAGGGCGGACGUUGCACUCAUUUGUGAGGGACCCCAAGACGUCUCUGGACAUCAACAAGACCAGACAGAUUGCUCAGGAGAUCAUCAAGGGUAUGGGCUAUCUCCACGCCAAGGGCAUCGUGCACAAAGAUCUCAAAUCCAAGAACGUCUUCUAUGACAACGGCAAAGUGGUCAUCACAGACUUUGGGCUGUUUGGGAUCUCGGGCGUGGUCCGAGAGGGCCGGCGUGAGAACCAGCUGAAGCUGUCCCAUGACUGGCUAUGCUACCUGGCCCCGGAGAUUGUGCGCGAGAUGACCCCCGGGAAGGAUGAGGACCAACUGCCAUUCUCCAAAGCUGCCGACGUCUAUGCCUUUGGGACUGUUUGGUAUGAACUGCAAGCAAGAGACUGGCCCUUUAAGAACCAAGCGGCAGAGGCCUUGAUCUGGCAGAUUGGAAGUGGAGAGGGUAUGAAGCGUGUCCUGGCCUCCGUCAGCCUGGGGAAGGAAGUCACUGAGAUCCUGUCUGCCUGCUGGGCUUUCGACCUACAGGAGAGGCCCAGCUUCCCCCUGCUCAUGGACAUGCUGGAGAAGCUGCCCAAGUUGAACCGGCGGCUCUCCCACCCCGGCCACUUCUGGAAGUCUGCUGAUCGCUGGCGGAGCCGCUACUACGGGAAAGGGCGUGACGGUCGCCUGGACUUUCAGAACUCCGGUCCUGCUCUGGAGGAAUACAUUAACAGCAGCAAAGUUGUACCCCGGUUUGAAAGGUUUGGCUUGGGUGUCCUGGAGUCCAGUAAUCCAAAGAUGUAGCCAGCCGUGCGGUUUUUCUGCCGAUUUCUUUUCUUCUUAAAUGUGUUUCUAAAGCGUCCAAACAACCACCAUGCCACAAAUGAAAACACUCUUCGAAACAUCAGUCUACCCUCCUGAGUGGUGCAGACCAGGAGUGUGAGUCCUUGACUCUGACCUGUCCAUCCAGGGAAACAUCUGGCCAGCGUUAGAGCCACACCUGCUGUUUCUUCUUCAAGUGAUAUAUCACCGCCAACCAGACUUGCCCCGAGAGGCAGCGAAAGUUUACAUGGAUGUUUCUGGGGUGUGAACUCGAUGCUUCACAAUAGGUAAUAAUAAACGGUGGCCGCAGAGGCACACUGGCACCACUGGCCAGGAUGGUGGGAGUGGCCUUCCCCUCUGGAGGACCAUGGCGGCGGUGAGGAAAAGGAAGAAAAGCACCAUCCUUGUGGCUGUUCUUGGGGUCGGAUGGGGACCACAAGUUUUGACCUGGACUCAGCUUUGGCCCCAAACCCCAGAAUGCCCCUCUGUAGGGUUCUCCCCCUAUCCUAACAAAGGGACACUGUCACUUUUUCUUCUGGCAGAGGAAACCCUGGCUAGAAGCCAAGUGGGAUUUUGAGGGUCAGGAGUUCCCAAAGGGCUUGGGUUCCCCAAUUAUCCAGCCUGUCCCUGCUGGAAAAGUCAAGACAGAUUAAACCCAAAUAAUGUCUGGAUUGAUCCAGGGGUUGCUGGCCAGGAUUUCCAGCACCUGUAGACAACUUUCUCUCACACAGCUUCUAGGAAGACCGCAAGGAGAUGGUACUCAGGGCUUCAGAUUUUUAGACACAUCCCAGUCCUGGCUGAGAUUUGACCCCAGAGCUAAGGCCCAGCCCCACAGCUGUGUGUACCAUGAGGGCUUGCACCCAGGAGAACCAAAAGGGGAGCAGGAGGGAGAAGUGGCAGGCAGCGGGUUCCUGAGCUUACCCUCCCAGCCACAGGGGGACCUGGCUCUUCAGAAGCCCCAUUAGUCAUGCCAAGGUUCUAGAAUUGCCCACCCCUCCUCCAGUCCUGUUGAAGGCCCGGAGCCACUCUUGACUCUUCCACUGUCCUUAUUCUGAGCCCUUAGCUAAGACGGGAGGCCUGUGCCCCUCCACACUGUUCAUGCAGACCCACCCAGUCCACCAGUCCUCAGGGCCUCCCCUGAACCGAGUCAGGACAGGACAUCUGCCUGUGUAUUUUGCACCAGAAGGAGGGGCUUGACUGGGGAAAGUCCGUGAAAUGAACAUAUUCUGCCUAUCUUCAUUAGAAGCUGUCACCUAAAGAGAACAGUUCCAGAUGACAAAGAAGCCUUCAAUGGGUGUUACGCCAUGGUAGGCCUCAAACCAGAACUAACCAAGGGUGAUGAGGGUGGCGAUGUAGUUGGAUUCAGACCCAGACCCUGUGUCCAUGCUCUGAGCCAAGAUGGGGGUGGGGGGCAUGUGGCCCUCCCAUCCCUUUCAUUUAGACCCACCUAGCAGAGCUCCCAAUCUUCAGAGCCUUCCCUGGAGUCUGGCCAGAAGGUCAUACGAAGCAGGCCUCUGACAAGAAGUGGUGGGGCUGCCUUCCUGACUCCAGGUCCGACGCCCCUCGGCUGACCCACGCCUGGAGAGCACAGCUGUGCAGCAGGGCGAGGUAUUCAGGAUCCCACUGCCCAUCAGCACCCCAGACCUGAGCUCCUUAACCCUUCCCAGUUGCGGGUAUGGGUAAGACGAGAGCUGUAAGCCAAGUGGAUUCAGCUCCUGGUGGGUCUUCUGUCUUCUUUGGGGCUUAUCCCUUGGCCUCCCCGAUGAGUGUCACACCUGCAGGUCAGUUAAAGAAGCUUUCAUCGAACACCGACGGUGUCUUGCCCAAGUGCAGGGGAUGCUGUGAUGGGAGUAAUGACAGUCCCUGCCCUUAAGGAACUAACACUGCCAAGAACCCUGAAGGGUUGCUGAAGGUGUGGAGGACAGCCCCUUCAUCUUCAGGACCCUGGACAGCUGGCCAGCUCUUGGCUUAGCCUCUGCUGCCUGCCAUUUAAGAGAAACUUGGUCCCCUGCUCCCUCUCAAAGUGACUGUGAAUUGAGGUUGGGAAGACGUGCUUGCCCUUCUGUGUGCUCUCCCGUCUGCCAUGGAAACACAUGAAGGACGGCCAGAUACUGUGAAUUCAGUGCUCACAGCCGACUGUGAAGGGGAUGGCAGAAGCUGGGACAGCCUCCCCAGCGAGAGCUCUGGGGGCUAUAGAGGUCCCCACUGGGGUCUGAGAAUGGGGCCCAAGCUUUGGUCCUUCGCAGCAUACCUCCAGUCCCAGGCACGCCCUCCAAAACCCUCCUAGGUUUUGGUGUCCCUGCUGCCUUUAACCCCCAGAGCCACAGCCGCUGGCUCUCCAUCCAACUCGAGGUCUUCAAUCCUAGCAAGUUCCCCAUUGGUUGUGGGCAGUGUAGCAACGUUGACCUCUUUGUGUCACCAGAUCAGUGCAGAGCGCUGGAAUCCUGUCCUCUCGUGGCAUUUUCCUUGUCAUCACAGGGAGCAGCCAUGUGCCCUGUAAGCCUGCAUUGCUAUUGUUCCGUGUUGAUGAGGGGGCCGGGUGGAGACAUAAAUGUGAAGCCGUUUCGGGAGCUCGUGUGAUGCUACAGUGUUAGCCCGGAUUUCAUUCGUGUGUGUGUGUAAAACCAGCGUCUUCCGUGGCCACAGGCACACACUUGCUUUUUUGAAUGUGAUGUAAAAUUUGUACAGUAAAAGUUUUUAUAUUUUCUAUCAACUGCAUUUGUCUUCCAGAAAUGCUAUUAAUUUAAAUUAAAAUGGUUAGUAUUAAUGAACGCACUGUAUCCGUUUUUUUGCCACUGGCAAGAACACAUCCUUUGUGCCAGGCCUAGCCUGGGUGUCUGGAGUUGGUGAAUAAAAUUGUACCAAGGUG